AAGCCUCUUCUGGAAGUCCCUGCAUCGCUUCGACCACAUACCACCGCGUGAGCAUUCCGUAGCCUGGUCCAGAUAUGAAGCCUCUCCACGCCAUCGUAGCUCUUCUGCUCAUCCUCUUCACCUCUUCCUAUCUGCAAGCCACCAUGGCAGGCUCAGCGUUCUGCGGGUCCAAGUGCAAGGUGAGGUGCUCCAAGGCGAGCGUUAAGGACCGAUGCCUCAAGUACUGCGGGCUGUGCUGCGAGCAGUGCCGGUGCGUGCCGUCGGGGACCUACGGGCACAAGGACGAGUGCCCCUGUUACAGGGACAAGUACACCGGCAGCGGGAAGAGGAGGAGACCCAAAUGCCCCUGAUCGAACACCUUGAGGUCAUCCGGCGUCGAAUGGUGUGUGUUUUAUAGCGUAUAUGAAUCAGAGUGGGGGUCGCAUGUAUCGACGUGAUUAUGGGCGGUGGUGAAAAUAAAUGUUGUGCUACUCGGUUUA